AUGAGCAACGGCUCGUUCGAGCUCGAAGAGAUGGCCGAGGAGGAGACGGGGGACACAGCGCGGAUGACGCUGAAGAUGUUCUUCCUCAUCUCGUAUUUCAUUUGUUUUGUCGUCGGCACCAUCGGAAAUAGUUAUUUUGUCUUCAUGGGUAACUUUGAAGGGCUAUCAAUCGUUGACCUCCUCGUCAUUCUCCACCUCCCGCUGUUGAUCGUCGAGAUUGCCAAAGGUGGCUGGCACUUUGGGCCGAUCCUGUGCAAGCUGUACUGGUUCGGCGAGUCGGUGAAUAAGCUGCUGUCCUCCUUCCUGAUGACGGUCCUCUCCUGGGACCGUUACAUGGCCGUUUGCUCGCCCGUCAAGUCGAUGAGGAUGCGCUCGUCGGGGAUGGCGUUACUGGUGCUGAUCAUUUGUUCAAUCGUGGCGAUUGUGCUUCUACUGCCCGUCCUCAUCCAAUCGACGGUCGUCUACUACGAUAUCAAAAACAACAUCGCGCUGCCGGAGAUGCCGGAUGGACCGGAUGCGGAAAACGUAAUCGGGAAAUGCGCGUACGAGCCCGACUUUGUGUUCAUCAUCUACACGUUUCUGUUCGGUUUCGCGGUGCCGGCCGUCUUCAUCACUGGGUUCUAUGCGGCGGUGAUCCGGUCAUUGCAACGACACACCAGCCUCAUCCGGAAGUCAAGCCGCGAGAACGGGACGAGCAAACAGAACGAACACUCGGCACAUCGAGUCAAGCAGGUAGUAACCAUGCGAAUCAUCGCCGUCAUUCUGUUCUAUUUCUUCUGCUGGACGCCGCAGUGGACGCUCAACCUGCUGCUCGAGUUCAACAUCGUCCAGGCGUCGCUAAUGACCCCCGGGAUGACGGCCGUCUUUUUCGGGGCUCAUCUCCUUGUAUGCUUCAACUCGGCAGCCAAUCCGAUGCUCUAUGCGCUGAUUAACCGGGAACUGCGCACGCAGCACUCGUUGGCAAUGAACCGGAAGCGACAGUCGGUGGGCAACGCGACGCACAGCGCGCUCGACUUUGUCGCCCGGCACACACAAAAG